UGAUUAUAAAGGGGUCAUUGUACCAGGACGUUGGAACUACACUCUGUUCAUGAAGGCCUACAUUGAUGAUGGUUGCACCAGACUUGUGGACUCAAAUACUCCAAUAAAGCUGAACCAGCAGGUCUGGAUGAAACUGAUCACUAAGGGACUGGAUGAAGACUUGCUUGUCCUGGUGACUGACCACUGCUGGGCAACUGACCAACCAUCACCCUCUGCAGUAAAUAAAUAUGACCUGAUUCUUGAUGGCUGUCCUGCAGAUCCAACGGCGGUGACGAAGGAAAACGGAAAAGAAACCUACAACUCUUUUGCCUUCAACAUGUUUGAGUUCACUAGAGGCUCAAACGAAAUCUACCUGCACUGUAAAGUACACCUGUGUGUGAAGAGCACCAACAAGUGUGAACCGAUCUGCCCCGUAAAACGAAGACGCAGAUCUGUCAGGUUCCAACAUGAUUCUCCUGGUUUGAUCAGCAUGGGCUGGAGUAGUUAG